UUCAUAUUAAAAUGCUUUUCAUAUAUCUGACCCUUACACUUGCUUUAAAUCUCACUGCGUUUAUUUGUUUGGGUGUGUGUCCUAGAUGUUCUGCUUGUGUACGUAUUCCCAACUGUCCUUUGAAAAAGCCUUCUCUUAAUAGCCUUCAGUCCACAGGGUUGGAGUGGGAAUUUUAUUUGAGAAAAAAGAUUGAGUGAAAUAGUGAAGAUAGUUCUUUACAUAUUAAAGCCCAUCUUUGAUGGAUGUUAGAUGUAAGGGACAUUUGUAAGUUGCUGUCUCUAGGAUAAAAUGAGUUUAGGUUUGAUGUAUUAUGAAAUGAUUUUUUUGUAUAAUAUUGGAUUUUCCAGGGGUUGGUUACUUGAUCAUACCCUUUAAUUCUUCCAAGUUGUUUGUUUUACCUGAUGACAUACAUGGUAGGGGGUGGCAGAGGGAGAAGCAGUUAAGAGGAGAGGAAGGAAACUUGAAUACCGAAGGGCAGCAUUUGGCUUCCUUCUUAAUUCAAGAUAAUUUGAAAUGAAGGAACUGCACUGUUUUGGGGGAAAUGUUUGAUUAAGCAGCCAUUUUUUUCAGGCCUGCAUUCUAGAUGUAUUCUGUAUGAGAACUACACUUACAGUUCUUCUGCGUGGACCAAAUGUUCUUGUAACAAACUAAUGACUAACUUUGUGGUGGGUGGUGAGUCACAGUAGAUUUCCCAGGAGUUGAUAAUGUGCUUGUAUGUGAUAGAGAUUUGGCCAUGAGGAGCCAGCCGAUACAAUCCGGUCUGAUUCCAUUAAGCAGUGGUUUUAAGAAACUCUCCUGGACCCCUGGGCCUGAGGAAGUGUAGAGAGAUUGACUUGCAUACCAAAUGUGUGGUGGAUGUGGAUGCAAACAAGGUUAUUCUUAAUCCUGUAAAUACGAAUCUUUCCAAAGGAGAUGCCCGGGGCCAGCCAAAGGCUUUUGCUUAUGAUCAUUGUUUCUGGUCUAUGGAUGAAUCUGUCAAAGAAAAGUAUGCAGGUCAAGAUACUGUUUUCAAGUGCCUUGGGGAAAAUAUCCUGCAGAAUGCUUUUGACGGCUACAAUGCAUGUAUCUUUGCCUAUGGACAGACUGGAUCUGGAAAAUCUUAUACCAUGAUGGGCACAGCUGACCAACCGGGAUUAAUCCCAAGGCUUUGCAGUGGACUCUUCGAACGAACUCAGAAAGAGGAAAAUGAAGAGCAGAGUUUUAAAGUAGAAGUGUCCUACAUGGAAAUUUAUAAUGAAAAAGUUCGAGACCUCCUUGAUCCCAAAGGAAGCCGUCAGACGUUGAAAGUCAGAGAGCAUAGUGUGUUGGGACCUUAUGUGGAUGGACUUUCUAAACUGGCUGUCACAAGCUACAAGGACAUUGAGUCGUUGAUGUCUGAGGGUAACAAAUCUCGCACAGUCGCUGCGACCAACAUGAACGAGGAGAGUAGCCGAUCCCAUGCCGUUUUCAAAAUCACCCUCACACACACACUCUACGAUGCGAAGUCUGGGACGUCUGGAGAGAAAGUGGGCAAACUCAGCCUGGUGGAUUUAGCUGGCAGUGAACGAGCAACGAAGACCGGUGCUGCCGGGGACAGGCUGAAGGAAGGGAGCAACAUAAACAAGUCCCUCACCACCCUCGGCCUGGUUAUCUCAGCGCUUGCAGAUCAGAGUGCUGGCAAAAACAAGAAUAAAUUCGUUCCGUAUCGUGACUCAGUUCUCACUUGGCUGCUCAAAGACAGCCUUGGGGGUAACAGCAAGACCGCCAUGGUGGCUACUGUGAGUCCUGCAGCUGAUAACUAUGACGAAACCCUCUCAACACUGAGGUAUGCAGAUCGAGCCAAGCACAUCGUUAACCACGCUGUGGUAAAUGAGGACCCUAAUGCCCGAAUUAUCCGGGAUCUCCGGGAAGAAGUUGAGAAACUCCGAGAGCAGCUGACGAAAGCAGAGGCAAUGAAAUCUCCAGAGCUAAAGGACCGCCUGGAAGAAUCUGAGAAGCUAAUCCAGGAAAUGACUGUGACCUGGGAGGAGAAACUAAGGAAAACGGAGGAGAUUGCACAGGAACGACAGAAGCAGCUUGAGAGUCUUGGAAUAUCUCUUCAGUCUUCGGGCAUCAAAGUCGGGGAUGAUAAAUGCUUCCUUGUUAAUCUGAAUGCUGACCCAGCUCUGAAUGAGCUUCUGGUGUACUAUUUAAAGGAACAUACACUGAUAGGGUCAGCAAAUUCCCAGGAUAUCCAGCUGUGCGGCAUGGGGAUUCUUCCUGAGCACUGUAUCAUCGACAUCACGCCGGAAGGCCAGGUGAUGCUGACUCCUCAGAAGAACACCAGAACCUUUGUAAAUGGGUCGUCUGUCUCCAGUGCAAUACAGCUACACCAUGGGGACCGGAUAUUAUGGGGAAACAACCAUUUCUUCAGACUCAAUUUACCUAAAAAGAAAAAGAAAGCAGAACGAGAGGACGAGGACCAAGACCCCUCCAUGAAAAACGAUAACAGUUCUGAGCAGCUGGAUGUAGACGGAGACUCCUCCAGCGAAGUGUCCAGUGAAAUUAACUUCAAUUACGAAUACGCACAGAUGGAGGUCACUAUGAAGGCCCUGGGCAGCAAUGAUCCAAUGCAGUCCAUAUUAAACAGCCUAGAACAACAGCAUGAAGAAGAAAAACGAUCCGCACUGGAGCGCCAGAGGCUUAUGUACGAGCACGAAUUGGAGCAGCUCCGGAGAAGACUGUCUCCCGAGAAGCAGAACUCUCGGAGCAUGGACAGGUUUUCUUUCCACUCUCCCAGCGCUCAGCAGCGCCUGAGACAGUGGGCCGAAGAGAGAGAAGCAACGUUGAGUAACAGCCUGAUGAGGCUGAGGGAACAAAUUGUUAAGGCCAAUCUGUUGGUGAGAGAAGCUAAUUACAUUGCUGAGGAGCUGGAUAAAAGGACAGAAUACAAAGUUACCCUACAGAUUCCAGCCUCCAGCCUGGAUGCCAACAGGAAGCGAGGCUCUCUUCUUAGUGAGCCUGCAAUCCAGGUGAGAAGAAAAGGAAAAGGAAAGCAGAUUUGGUCUUUGGAAAAACUUGACAAUAGGCUGUUGGAUAUGAGAGACCUUUAUCAGGAGUGGAAAGAGUGCGAAGAAGAUAACCCAGUAAUCCGAUCAUACUUCAAACGUGCUGAUCCAUUCUACGAUGAGCAGGAAAAUCACAGUCUCAUUGGGGUGGCCAAUGUCUUCCUCGAGUCCCUUUUCUAUGAUGCAAAGUUGCAGUACGCUGUUCCCAUCAUCAACCAGAAGGGAGAGGUGGCAGGUCGGCUGCACGUGGAGGUGAUGCGCAUCAGCGGGGAUGUUGGGGAAAGGAUUGCAGGAGGCGACGAGGCUGCCGAGGUCUCCUUUGAGAAGGAGACCCAGGAAAACAAACUGGUGUGCAUGGUUAAAAUCCUCCAAGCUACUGGGUUGCCACAGCAUCUGUCCCACUUUGUGUUCUGCAAAUACAGCUUCUGGGAUCAACAGGAGCCGGUGAUUGUCGCUCCUGAAGUGGACACCUCCUCCUCUCCCGUCAGCAAGGAGCCGCACUGCAUGGUUGUCUUUGAUCACUGCAAUGAGUUUUCUGUUAACAUCACUGAAGACUUUAUCGAGCAUCUUUCUGAAGGAGCAUUGGCAAUUGAAGUAUAUGGACAUAAAAUGAACGAUCCUCGGAAAAACCCAGCCCUGUGGGAUUUGGGAAUCAUCCAAGCAAAGACACGUAGUCUUCGGGACAGAUGGAGUGAAGUGACCAGGAAAUUGGAAUUCUGGGUUCAAAUCUUGGAACAGAAUGAGAAUGGUGAAUACUGCCCCGUAGAAGUGAUUUCUGCAAAGGAUGUCCCCACAGGAGGAAUUUUCCAGCUCCGGCAGGGGCAGUCCCGACGAGUUCAAGUGGAAGUGAAGUCAGUACAGGAAUCUGGGACUUUACCCCUGAUGGAAGAAUGUGUAUUGUCUGUUGGCAUUGGGUGUGUCAAAGUUAGACCCGUCAGAGCCCCCAAAACUCACGAGACCUUCCAUGAGGAAGAGGAGGACAUGGACAGCUACCAGGAUCGGGAUUUAGAGAGACUUCGUAGAAAAUGGCUGAAUGCGUUAACAAAACGUCAGGAGUACUUGGAUCAACAAUUGCAAAAGCUUGUCAGUAAACAGGAUAAAACAGAGGAUGAUGCUGACCGUGAGGCGCAGCUCCUGGAGAUGCGGCUGACCCUCACUGAGGAGCGCAACGCGGUGAUGGUCCCCUCUGCUGGCAGCGGCAUUCCAGGGGCCCCAGCAGAAUGGACCCCAGUUCCUGGGAUGGAGACACAUAUCCCUGUUAUCUUCCUGGACUUAAAUGCUGAUGAUUUCAGCUCUCAGGAUAAUCUUGAUGACCCAGAAGCUGGUGGAUGGGAUGCGACCUUGACUGGGGAAGAAGAAGAGGAGUUCUUUGAACUGCAGAUUGUGAAGCAGCAUGAUGGGGAGGCGAAAGCAGAAGCCUCCUGGGACUCCGCGGUACAUGGCUGCCCUCAGCUCAGCAAGGGCACACCCGCGGACGAGCGGCUGUUUCUGAUCGUGCGCGUGACGGUCCAGCUCAGCCACCCUGCCGACAUGCAACUGGUGUUACGCAAGAGAAUCUGCGUCAAUGUUCAUGGCCGGCAGGGUUUUGCACAGAGUCUCCUAAAAAAGAUGUCUCAUCGAAGUUCUAUUCCUGGCUGUGGAGUGACUUUUGAAAUUGUCUCCAAUAUUCCAGAGGAUGCCCAGGGAGUGGAGGAACGAGAAGCAUUAGCACGAAUGGCAGCCAAUGUUGAAAACCCAGCUUCUGCUGACUCAGAGGCUUAUAUUGAAAAGUACCUGAGGAGCGUGCUGGCGGUGGAAAACCUCCUGACUUUAGAUCGCCUGCGCCAGGAAGUUGCGGUGAAGGAACAGCUAACAGGAAAAGGGAAGCUGAGCAGGAGGAGUAUCAGCUCUCCAAACGUGAACAGAUUGUCCGGAAGCCGACAAGAUCUCAUUCCAUCAUACAGUCUAGGCAGCAACAAGGGCCGGUGGGAAAGUCAGCAGGAUGUAUCCCAAACCGCAGUUUCCAGGGGAAUAGCUCCCGUUGCCCCCGCCCUCUCUGUUUCUCCCCAAAAUCACCAUUCUCGGGAUCCAGGACUCAGUAACCUCGCUGCGUCCUAUUUGAAUCCCGUCAAGUCCUUCGUGCCACAGAUGCCAAAGCUCCUCAAGUCUCUCUUUCCCGUCCGUGAUGAGAAAAGGGGCAAGCGGCCAUCUCCCCUCACACACCAGCCCGUGCCCCGCAUCAUGGUGCAGUUGGCCGGCCCAGACGUCGGGGUGACCAGGAUGGAGGAGGCUCAGCUGGGGACGAGUCCUGACGUGCUGGUGCAGACGACUGGGGUCCCAGCCCUGAAGAUCGGCGACAAGCCCGCCAAAGCGCCUUCCCCGCCGCCUGUCCCCGUGGUCACAGCAGCCACCCCGGCUCCAGAAGUGCAGGACGGGCCCCCCAGCCCCCUGAGCGAGGCCUCCAGCGGGUACUUCUCCCACAGCGUCUCCACCGCGACCCUGUCGGACGCGCUGGGCCCGGGUCUGGACGCUGCAGCCCCGCCCGGCCCCGCACUCGCCGCCUCAGAGGCCGAGCCCGAGACGCCCAUUCGCCGCCCCCCGCCGCCCACGGUCGUCCCUGCCGAGGAGCGCCCCGACCUGGAGGCCCAGGCGCCCGGCUCCCCAUUCCGUGUCCGGAGGGUGCGGGCCUCAGAGCUGCGCUCCUUCUCCCGCAUGCUGGGUGGGGACCCUGGCUGCUCCCCGGGGGCCGAGGGGGAUGCGCCGGCUGCGGGCACUGGGGGACAGACCCAGGCCUCUGAUUCCGAGGAGGCUGACGGGGUUCCGGAGUGGCUCCGAGAGGGCGAGUUCGUCACCGUGGGCGCCCACAAAACGGGCGUGGUGAGAUAUGUGGGUCCCGUUGACUUCCAGGAGGGCACGUGGAUUGGCGUGGAGCUGGACCUGCCUUCAGGUAAGAAUGACGGCUCCAUCGGUGGGAAGCAGUACUUCAGGUGUAAUCCUGGCUAUGGGCUGCUGGUCAGGCCCAGCCGGGUCCGCAGGUCCACAGGCCCCAUGCGGCGGCGCAGCGCAGGGCUCCGACUGGGCACCCCUGAGGCCCGCCGGAGUGCCACCCUCUCGGGCUCUGCCACCAACCUGGCGUCGCUGACAGCCGCCCUGGCCAAGGCCGACAGGAGCCACAAGAACCCUGAGAACCGGAAAUCCUGGGCCAGCUGAGCCACCACCUCAGGGCGAACUCUUCUUGGGGUCCCGGGCCCCUCUUGAGUCUGCCAGCAACAGCCUGGGGAACAGGGAGCCCUGUGGCCCCUUCCCUGGAGGCAGGGCAGUGAAUGCUUUUUGCACGACGCAGGGCUGGUGACCUCCCUGGGCCUCUGGAAGCUUUGUUUCUUCUCUACCUGGGGAAAGAGGGGGCCUCAGCUGUGCCUCCUCAGGUGGAAGGUUCUGGGUGCCUGCAGGGGCUGGGGGAUGUGGGGACCAAGGCCCUGGGUGGCACAGCCCCCAGCCAUCUCACCGUGUGCCUGUGCCUGGGGCCUUAUGUUGCUGUCAUUUUCAUUCUGGCGGCCCCACUGAUGUCUUAACGUAAACCAGAAUUGUAACCAGUGCCUUUCCUCCACCUGCCCAGGAUAGCCCGGCACACUCCUCAAGCUCCCAGCCUCCCACCCUGGUCCCAGGUUCUCCAAGUGCCUCUGGGGGGCCCUGGGCUCUGGCACAUGGCCCUGGCACCCCAGGUGGGGCCGAGGCCUGAGCCCCUCCUACCCCUCCUAGGCCAGGGUUUCUUCGCAGUUGCUUGGUGGGCGUCUUGGUGUCUUUACACCUGCAAAAUCCCUUACGUUUGCCGUUUAUUCCCUUCACAGAAGGCUUGGAAUGUAUUUAUUUAUAUUUAUUUUUUCAAAAUCCGUAAUCAUUUGCGAGCCGCAAUCGUCAUCUGCCUGCGCAUGGGGGCCCAGGGCCUCCCUUGCACGUCAUGGCCUCUGUGGCCAUUGCAGAGCUGCUAGCCUCCGGCCCAGGUGGAGUGUCCUGGGGACAGCGGAGAAUGCAGCCCCCUCCUCAUGCCCCUCUGUUGGGGAUCCACAGUGGCCUUACUCUUAACUUGGAUAAAAGCAAAAACCUGGGAGAAUGGUGUUGUGCUUCCAUAGUCGGUGACAAAGGACGAGGCAUCACUACUUUAUUUGGUGCACUUCUGGUUUCUAGGAAGGUCCUGGGGUCAUUUUAACUCUGUGGCAACUCCCAGGCCCGUCCAUGCGGGGGGUGUGCCUGGUUUGUCUCCAGACCCUCGCAGCAGCCACGUCCCCAGGCCACCAUGCAUGGGGUGGCUGGGACAGCCCGGUGGCCUCUGUUUCCUUGCUGGGGCACUUCUGCUCCCGGAGCCUUUGAUGCCAGCUUUGUGGGGCGGGGGUCAGCAUCUCUGUGUGGAGGGCAGGGGGAGCUGGUUGAGGGCAUGGCAGAGGUAACAGCCUGACAGCCCCAGGCCACCAAUCUAGGGACAAGACCCUGGGUCAGGGUUCACACAGCCACUCUUGGCAGCUGGUGUCUAGUUCUCACAUUUGGACAAUUUCUAGAAAGCGCCGUGGAAGGCUCUGGUUCUCUAGGGGCAGGAAGCCUCUAGAGGAGUAGUCUCCACGGUAGGCCCGUCCCAGGCCUGGCUUUGAGGACAAGUGUCCUUCCCUCCCCAGUGGCUGUGCGGGACACAAGGCCUGAGGCUGGGCUGGCAGAGGGUGCAGCCCCUAUGGGGAGGCACUCAUGCUUGGCCUCCCUGUCCUCAGCCAGUGUUUCGGGGAACCCUGUGACGCCUGUCCCUGGAUAAGCACUGUCACCUUUGCCUCGCUUUUUACUCAGCCUACUUCCCAGCACAGCGGCUUGCAUUUUAAAACCUGAUUAACUGAGAAGUUUGUUCUUGGGUCCCCUAGUGUCACUGUGGCCUAGGUGAGAGGGGAGCACCUGGGCCUUGUGGUGGGAACAGUCGGGGAAAAGCGGCAGGUGGGCGGGCGGUGUGUGACCUGGCACUUCAUGUUGGCUGAGCCCAUCGGCCCAGCAGCGGCCUCCUGUGGCAUCGUUUCAGGGUAGUCCUGGGGGACACAAGUGUCCUGACUUGGGCCUAGGCCCUGUUCACUCUUGCUUCUCGGUGCAGACUAAUGUCAGCUUGUGGCUGGGAAAGACGGACAUGCAGUGACGUGGUCCUAAGGCAGUGAGCCCCGCUGACCCAGGGCCGGUGCUUGGCAGGCAGGAGGUGUGGUCUCGAGGGUGGUGGGUCAGGGUGGCCGGCUCCGGCUUCUGUCUUCUCUUCUUGCCUCCCUGACCAGCAGACUUAAGUCCCAGGCAUGCCUGCUCGCCUGCCUGCUUUAGGGCUCCCAAUGCGUUCCUGGAAGGCCCGGGAGUGGCACCUUAGUAUGGGUUGGCCCGCAGAUGCUACCCGAGGCUGGUAAGGGCAGUAACUGCACACGCAGUGCUGUCAGAGAUGGGGACGGGGGAGCCUUCCGGGGGCCCUGCUUCUUUCUCUUCAUGUGCCCAGAACACCCCUGGGUUGCCCUGCCACUUCCCUCCAGCCCUUAUGAGGGACUGUGGCUCCAGGGUGAAGGGUCACUUCUGCCCCAGGCACUGCAUCCAGCAGCAGAGGGCAGAGGGGACAGGUGUAUGACUGGGGUCCCGAGUGCCCAGGCCUGACCAGAGGGAGCGGGAGGGCGUUUCUGGGCCCAACAAGGCAGUCCUUGUGUGUUCAGCAAGAGAACAGAGCUGGGGAUGUGACUGCUGGAGCCUGAGAGGUGGAGGUGUUCAGGUGCCCCCAAUUCUUCCCAGUAUUUUAUCCUCUUGCCUUCAAAGUUCCCUGUAUGUGAAACAGGAAGUCCUGAGUGUGUGUUUGUGACAGUGCAGUGCUCACGACAGGAUUCUUGGUGCGGUUCAGCUCCCCGGAAGAUGGUGCCUUGGUGCUGGGCCUGUCUUGUGCCUGCCUGAGCCCCGGGACAGGAGUCACCCUGUGCUUCCUGCCAAGAUACUGACCCACUGAACCCAAAAGCAUUUUUCUCUCUGUGAAGUCCAUGGUGCCUUCCUUCCUGGUGGGCUGCUGACACUAAUGGUGUUGGGGGGUCUUGGAACAGCUUCUGUAUGUGUGGAUUCGUGUAAAUGUGAGGAGUCCACAUAUAAAGAAGUGACUUUCAUUCCGGGAUUAUGUUGAUUUGGUAUACAUUAAAUGGGAGUUUAAUCCGAAGACUGUAAUGACUUUUAGAGACUCUAAUGAUUUGUAUUGUGUAAUUAACUAAACCACCGGUAAUUUUAUACGGUAUAUGCCUUUCCAUCAAAUGACCAACAGCUUCUCAAUAAAACCAGACGAUUUCUCACCUGCA